AUGGCAGCCCAUCCUGGCCCUCAGUCUGAGGCAGGGGCAGAAAGCAGCCUCCAGGAAGUCAACUGGCAGCUUCGGUCACAGCUUGAAAAAACCAGCCAGGACUUCCUAGACCUCAAGGAAAAAUUCCUUGUAUCCGAAGUGACGGCCUUCUCCCUGGCCAACCAACUGCGGAAAUACAAGUGUGAAAAGUCCAGCGACCUCAUCAAAUCCGUGCUGGGGGAGAAGGUGCUGUGUGAGAAAGGCAAGCGGGCAGACACGUUGCCUGAGAAGCUCAGGCUAUGUCAUCUGCUGAUUCAAGACCAGGCGAAAGAACUGACCCGCUUAUAUAAGAAGCUUCGGGAAGGGGAAGAGGUUUCCCAGCUGCUCCUUCAGCACCUGGAAGCCCUCCUCAUCCAUGAUGGCGCUGAGCAUUCCCAAGGGCAGGGCUUGCGAGGGCAACUGGCUGAGGGACGCAGGCUGGCCAAGUGCCUUGCCCGAAAGCUCAGCCCAGAAAAUUACGACCACGAGGGGGACGACGACGACAACGAUGACGAAGAAGAAGAAGAAGGAGAAGAAACAACACUGACUAUCGUACAGUACAACCAAAUGGAUCAGGAGGGGCUGAAAGGCCAGGACUCCGUUGCCCCUAGGCUCACCACACAGCUGCUAGAGCAGGACACCUCACGGGACACUCUGGAUGAACGCUACCUGACAUACUCAGUGCUUCCCGACCUGUCUGACUCCUACUGGCCUUACAGGAGCUCCGCCAUCUUCUCACCGGAGGACCCACAAGUCUCUUCCUCUCUGCAAGUGGCCAAAUAUCAAUUGAAUGAUGAGCAGGAAGAAGGCCAAGACCCGCUAUGCCCCAGGCCCAGCACAAAGCUUCCGGAGGUGGAAGAGCAGGACGCCCAAGGGGACUCACUGGAUGAAUGCUAUCUGACUUACUCGGCCCUUCCUGACCUGGCUGACCUGGAAGGGACCUCUACGAGGGCUGGCAUAAACUCAUUCGACGACAUGGGCAACUCUUCUGCUCUGGCAGUAGCUAGUGAGUCCUCCAUGGUCCAGCUGACAAAGCUCCAACUCGACCCCCAGGCCGACCCACUAGGAAGUCCUAAUGAUCUUUUUGAAGAAGAGGACCAAGACCCCCUAGGCCCCAGGCCCAGUCCGUGUCUGCCAGAGGUGGAAGAGCAGGAUCCCCCAUGGGACUCCCUGGAUCAAUGCUAUUUGACUCACUCAGCCUUUCCUGACCUGGCUGACCUGCAUGGGACCUCUACGAGGGCUGACAGAAACUCCUUCGAUGAUAUGGACAAUUCUUCUGCUCUGGAAGUAGCUAGUGAGUCCUCCGUUGUCAAGCUGAGAAGGCUCUAA